AUGGUAUUUCGAAAAUUUCGUCCGUCCAAGCAAUGGGGUGUUCAAGAUACGCGAAUAUUUAAAGCUAUUUUGGCCGCCAAAAAUAAACGAAAAAUGCCAUCAUUCCAAGUGCCCGAUUCAAUUAAGGCUCUUGAUGUUCCCAUAUAUGAUCCUAAUGAUGUCGAUUUUCCUCGACCUCAGCCGAAAUUGGAAGCGAACUUCAAUCAUCCUGCGUACAAUAUUCCUUCAAAAGAAGUUCAUCCUUUGUAUAAAAAAAUGAAAUGUCUACUUUUCGAUGGUACUCAGCCUUUUACAGAUGGAAUUGAUCAAGCAUGUUCUCUUACAAAAGCUGUUAAACGGUUGCAGUUUCCAGAUUCAUUACUUAGCGAAUCAUCUUUGAACCAGUCUAGCAUAAUGAUUUACCGCAAAAUGGCCUCUUGUCUAUUUCAUCAAAAAUUUUUAAAUGAUAGGUUGCAGGCUUUACUUCCAAAAAAUCUCGAAUUACAAUUAAGAGAUUUUAUACUUCACGGUGAACGCUAUGAUCCCUCUUUAGAACGAUUGCCGAGAUUACAUGAUCCUAUUCUUUUUUGGCGAAAACAUCCAGUUAUGUAUGGCACUCCUGACAUCAAAAAAGGCAAUAUUAUUCUCGAUAACAUAUUUCGGAGUAUUCAUUUGAAUUCCGUUCAACGCGGGCAACUCAAUUAUUUACGAUAUGAUCGCGAUGAGGCAAUAAGUGGGAUACUUAAAAAAGGUGAUUAUUUAAAUCAGCCAUUAGUGGUACGAAGUGAACCGCAUUUAGUGAUUCAGUCUCCACAACAGCUCAAACCUUGGGUUCUUCAAGAUGAAUUAUCUUCAUUGGAAUCUGAAGAAGUACCCGAUAUAACUCCAAUUCAUCCUCACAUUGAUUUGGUAGACUGGAAUAUUUAUAAUGAUUUUGCUUUGGUCCCUAGGAACAAGUUCAGUCUACAUUUAGAUACAAUAAUGUGGUCAAAAGAAAGAAAUCAGAAGUACCCUUGGACAAGAGAACAGAAUGCUGCUAAUGCUGUUAUGCAUUGUUUUGGUGCGGCUCUUAUCGAAGCUACUCGAUAUAACGACGAUUCUAUUUUUUUUGAUAAUUCAUUUGAUUUGAUAGUUCCGAUUAUAACUCGAGCAGUACAGUUAAUUAGUGGCUAUCUUGAUCUUGUUGUUUUCCAGCUGAAUACUUUAGAUUUUAGGAAGGUAAAUCGAACGAAAAACAUCGUUUGGGUUGAACAUGCCCUUCAACUUUACAAGCCAGGCAAACAUACGGAGAAUUAUAAUGAAGUAGUAGACUUAAAUGUUGAUCCGUACAUAAGGCUUACAAGAUUAUUGCUCACUCGUUAA